UCCCGCGUGGCACGCCGUAGCUGUUGGCUCUCGGAAACAUGGCGGCGGCCAUAGGCAGCGGCUGCGAGGCUCCGGUGCGUCUCCGCCUGCUCUUCGAUUACCCGCCGCCGGUGGCUCCGGCCUUCGGACUGUGUUGGCUGUUGGUGGAGCCCAAUCAAGUGCGCCUCAUCACUGACCUGAUCAGCCUCAUUCGGGAGAAGUUCGGCUAUAGCAGCCGCGCCAGGCUCAACCUCUUCCUCGACGGGGCGCUCCUGCCGCCCACCGAGAGCGCGCGGCUGGUGCGGGACAACGACUCUCUUCGAGUCAGAUUGGAGGAGAUUGUUGGAGUGAACAGUUACAACACAGUCACCAAUGGUUCCAACAGCUUGUCAAAAAAACAAAGAAAGCGACAGUGGAAAUUGGAGGCAAAGGACUCCAAAAGUGAAGAUAAGGAGUCCUACAAAAGAAACAAGAAUAACUGGGACUUUGAGCACCAAGAAGAAAAAUCUACAAAUAUUCAAGAUUCUGUGACAUUGGGGGAAAAGAAAAAAGCGGCACUUGAAAGGAGUCAUAUGAUGGUCACUGAGAAUGAGGAUGAUAAUUCUCAUUCCAAGAAACUUAAGGGGAAAAAUCAGCAGAGGAAAGAGCAGGAUGCAAAGAAAGAGCAAAAGAAGAAAGCAACUACAUUUCCAUCAAGGAGCACCACCCAGAAGACUGAGAAAAGUCUCAGCCAAAAAAGCACAAAGGGAAACACAAUAGCACAAUCCAACCCAAAGAAAGGCAGUCCGUCUAGUGAAUCCUCUACAUCAACAUCAGAUAGUGACUAUUAUAAACCAGGCACAAAACAGACUAACACACAUGCGUCUAAAGGGACAUCGCAGCACAUAAACAAACCACAGUUGGUGUCUUUAAAAACACUCUCUGCUGGGAAAAAUAAAGACGACGUUUCUCUUAAAACGGGACAAACUAAGAAAACCAAGAGCCAGUCCUCUAGUUCAGAUUCAGAUUCUAGUUCGGAGGAAGAGCAGCAGAGCAGUAACCUGAGAAAUAAGCUACCCUAUCAAAAGCAAAAGGUGACAGGCCAUCCUUCAAAGGCUGAACCAAAAAGCUCCUCAUCGGAAUCUGAUGAUAGCUCUGAAUCAGAGACAUGUGCUUUAAAGAAACAGAAGGUGAUUGCCACAGGCAAUCUAUCUGUCAGAGGGAAUGACGACAAACAAUUGUCAGAUGUCUCUUGUGGACUAGCUUCAAACUUGAGGGAAAACGGAAAGGGGCGUGGAAGAGGAGAAGCCCCCUUUUGGAGAGGACCUAGAGUUCGCGGAUGCCGUGGGAUGACCAGGGAUAGGGGAAGGGGAGAACGCGUUCAUUUUUUUUAUAACCACAGUAGUGAAAACCAGAAACAAAAACAGUUAAAUGAAGCAGCAACAAAUGCCUCUGUUGUUAUUCAGAAUCCUGUGGAAGCUCCGAAAAAGGACUAUAGCGCACUACCUCUCUUAGCUGCUCCUCCACAAGUAGGCCAAAAAAUUGCCUUUAAGCUUUUGGAAUUAACCGAAAAUUAUACUCCUGAAGUAUCCGAUUACAAGGAAGGAAAAAUCGUCAGCUGGAAUCCUGUUAAUAAGCAACUAGAGCUUGAAAUCCUUUCUUUUUCUUCAGUAACAAAAGAGCCAGGAAAAUUUGAUCUGGUUUAUCAAUCUGAAAAUGGAGAUGAGACAAUUGAAUAUGCCGUAUCUCAAGACAGGAAGAUAACUGAGAGUUGGGAGGCACUAAUUGAACCCAGAUUAAUAAUUGACUCUCCAAGUAAUGAAUCUGGCCCCAAAGGAAUCCCUUCAGACAUGAACUUGCCUGACCCUCAGCUGUGAAUACAGAAUGCCUGAACUGUGUGUAAAUGGUUUUUGAAGGCUUUUUCUUCAGUUUCUGAAGACGGCGUAUACAUAUGCUUUUUUUAAAUAAAAUAUUAUAACAUGAAAAUGA